ACUUCACAAAUUUCUAACGAGCGGUUUGGCCUUGGCUUUGCAAAGAAGUGCUGAGUUAAUUUUCUAAUAAGCGGGCUGUAAUGCACGCCCUUGACAUUUCACAGAGGAAAAUAGUGGCACGAGCAAAACACCUCAGUUCUCGUGCACCCCCAUGCUUGAGGUUCCAUGCUGCCUUGCAUUCUCUACGCAGCGUUCAUUUAUUGUGCAAUUGCCUGCUUUCCACCGUGCCGUUUUAUUACAAGACAAAAGUGUCUUUAAAAAAAAAUUAAACAUAUACUACAGAAAUCAGAUAGGUCUAAUAGGUCAUCAGCAGUUCAAAAUAGACUUCAGCAUCUAGACUGAAAACAACAGGCUGUGCUCUGCAUGUAUUUGUUUACUUCUGUUAAAAAUGUGUAUCACCCCUUUUGGCUCCAUCUCCAAGGUGGCGAUCAACCAUAAUUAAACAACAAAAUAAACUAUUUAACAAUAUAAAACUAAUCAAAGGAAGCAACCAUAUGAUAAUAUUUGUUUAUGCAUGCACAUUGUUCAUUGUUCAUGCACGUCAUUGUAGCUAGAAAGAUUGCUUCUGCUCCCUCCUCUGAGAUUUCGUGUUUAGGGACCACUGUGGCAUGGAGAACAUAUCUGAACUUUGAAUAAUGACAACUAGUAACUCACAAGACAUUUACCAAGGACAAAAAUAAGAACACUACUACUACUAUAUGAUAGCAAACAGGGACAAAUACUGGAAAAUAGGAACUGAAUUUCAUAAAAUCGAGAGUUCACCGGUAGCAAGAAUUCUCCCCAUCCUCAUCAUUCACAAGUGACAUCUUCAUGGUUUCAUUAAUGGAAGGAACAUCUGGUGCAAUUCAACUGCAAGAUCUAUUAGGGCAUACAAGCCUUAUAAGGAGCAAUGAAAAUAAGCGAGCACUCCCAGUUUGAGGGGUCGUAUGAUGUCCUUUGUGAUGAUGUCAUAAGAACUAAGGGAUCAAAGUGUCGAUUCCGUCACUGUGAAAAAGCCAUUGGCAGUGACACUGUGUGCUCAUUAUGGAGAGAGGGAAGAUGUUCCCAUCAACUUUGCAAAUUUAGACAUAUGGAAAUACAGCAAAAGUACAACAACAUCUCGUGUUUCUGGGAAACACAGCCUUUAGGUUGUGUGAGGAUCAGUUGUGUCUUCCAUCACAGUAAACCUCGUAAUAUAAAUGGACUUUUUUUGCCACCUAGUAGUGAUUCCACAUUGCAAAGGGAAGUUCAGGAAGGGAUUUUGCAUGCUGACCAAAAUCAAGAUUCCACAAAAGGUCAAGAAAACACUUUAAGACCUAUCCACCCUCCACUGAUUAUUACAAUCAAUCUUGAGGACGACGAAGAAGAAGAACAGGAGGAGAAAUAUGCAUCAUAUUUAUUAUCUAAGACUCCAGAAGACAUAGAAGAAGAAAAGGCAAUAAAGGCAAUGUGCUAUAAAUCUGGAGAAUACUAUAGAAUUCAGACUUCUCAGGAAAGCCAUUUAACAAAAAGUGUACCUUCAGUGCUGGAGAAUGAGCUCUUGAAACCCAUGGAAACUUGCAGAGAUUUACAAGAAGGUGAUGGUGUUGCAGUUCCAUCAAAGUUUAAUAUUAUAGAAAGGCAAACAGAGAUAACAGCGUCAUUAGACAGUAGCUCUAGAUCUGAUCUUAGUGUCUUUGAAAAUGGAGGGGGUGAUUGUUAUUUGCCACAAAGAAGCAUAUUUGUUGGACGGAUACAAAGCAAAAUGUUCAGAGGAGAAAAAGAAUUUACCAUGCUUAAGUGUCCAAAUGUUAAAGCUACAAGCCAUGCUGAAGGCAUAAAGAAGCAUAAUUUUAAAGGAGUGAAGAAAAAGAAAUGGAUAUCUGAGGAACCCAAAAACCUAUCUACCCCACUGACAGCAAAAGCAAUGCAUACAUCAAACCCUAAAAGUAAAGGGAAUUGUCAUCAAAAUGAUCAAAGCAAGAAUGCUGAGAAUGCUUCUUAUGUUCCUUCUCAGAGAGCCAAUGGGAGGAGCAUUUCCUUGAGUUCUCCAGCAGCUGGAAGGUCAUCAAAUCUGACCUAUAGUAAAGUUGGUGCCACCAAAGAAUCCAAGAUGAAUUUACCUACAGACAGAUGCGUGACAGCAUAUAAUACACCAGCUUGGAGAAAAAGAAGUCCACAUACUAAAGUAUAUACUAAAGCUGAAAAAAUGCAUUCAGAGCCCAGAAGGAAUGGAAGCAGAUAAAAAAGAAGAUUUGAAGUCAAGGAAACGGGGGAGAAAAAAGAAGUGAUCUAUUGCUCUUCCUGUGAUCUACUAUGAAAAAGUACAAAUUUCAAAUAGCGUGUUUAUCAAGCAUACUGAACUGGAGAUCCAAUGGAGACAAAAAUGAACGCUCUAAAAUGCAGGAUCUACCAAGCUGGAUAAAACACACAGAUUAAAAUAUGUAAACAAGA